UAAAACUCUUUAAAGCCCACAUUAGUAACCAAUAAGCUGCAGCAGCUAUUGGGAAUAUCACUCUGCACUCUGGAGAGGAUCAAAGAUACUGAAGUGCCCCCUGCUGUGACUUUGAAAUACUGAGCUGCACAAAAAUAGUCCUCCAGUAGAAGAAUGGAUGGAGAGGCGUAAUAGUGACUGAGUAUUGGGAUACUAAGAGGCAACAUUAUACUCGGACAAGUUAGGAGAGAAGUACAUGAAAGCAUAAAUGUAAAACUGUAGAUUAAAAAAAAAAAACAAAAAAAACAAAAAAAACACCUUCAAUCUGUUACAUGCCGCCUCCCUCCUCUCAGGCGCAGCUGCCCACAACGCUUAAAAUCACAUGGCAGUGUGUAUAUAUUUCUCUCUUUAAAUACACAAUAUAUAAAUACAACUUCUCUAUAAAAUGUAAUGUAAUUCAAAGUGACUUGGUGAUUGGACAGUCAGUUUGAUUUUGGACUGGAGAAACAAAUAGUGAAACAAAACACAGAGCCAACGCUUAGAAAACAGAUUUUUGACCCCCAAUCCUGGAAACACCUCAGAUGGGCCCCUUAAGCUGUAAGUACGUUGAAUACAUGCCAUGUUUAAUUACAGAAAAUGAUGAUGAUGCAGUGUAUUCAUAUACAAUAAUACUGACUUAAAGCUGACAGGACAAUCUGUGUAAUUAGCUGUAAUAGGAAGCCUCCAGGUAAAAGAUCUCUCUACUGUAGUUAUAAGUCGUUCAUUCCUUGUGUGAGUCAAAAAAAAAAAAAAAAAAAAACUUUUCAAAUGCUUUAACACCUAUGUCCUAACAGAUAUUAGUCACACUGAAUAUUUCACUCCUCUGUUUGACAUGCAUGUGCUGCUAAAUUAGUCUAGCACAGCUAGAGGUCCCCCUUGUGGCUAAAAUAUCAUGCAGUCUGUCAAUUAGGUAACCCCAUUCAAAUGCGCAUCAGACAGUCCCACCGAGUCAGUCCACGGACUCAAGGAUCUAUGUUAGUCUUGCCGUUAGACCAUUUCUCACUCAGCAGCAUGGCCGACACUCUGUACCAGCUGUGCCAUCUACCCACAAAGACCACUUCACAGACUGUUAAGGAGCGUGGCAAGUGGGGCAGCAAAAAGGAGUUCAUCCUCUCUGUGGCUGGUGCUAUUAUCGGACUUGGCAAUGUGUGGAGAUUUCCAUAUCUUUGUUACAAGAAUGGUGGGGGGGCCUUCUUCAUCCCUUACCUCCUGUUCCUUGUGACCUGCGGUAUUCCUCUGUUCAUACUGGAAACAGCGCUGGGCCAGUAUACCAGUCAGGGGGGAAUCAUGUGCUGGAGGAAGGUCUGCCCGUUGUUUGAAGGCAUGGGAUACGCCAGCCAAAUGAUCAUUUUCUAUGGAAGUAUCAGCUACAUUGUGAUUUUAGCCUGGGCCUUUCUUUACCUUUUCUCUUCCUUUACUGGAGAUUUGCCAUGGGCUACCUGUAAUAACACAUGGAAUACAGACCGUUGCGUGGUUAUAAACAACUAUAAUGUCACUGGUAACUGGACUUCACCUGUGAAUGCAUCAUCAUCUGUUUUAGAGUUUUGGCAAAGACGGGUAUUAAAUAUAUCGACUGGCAUAGAGAACAUUGGAAAAAUACAGUGGGACCUUUCCCUGUGUCUCCUUCUGGCCUGGGUUCUCUGCUACUUUUGUGUCUGGAAGGGAGUGAAAUCCACGGGAAAGGCUACCUACUUCACAGCCACAUUCCCCUUUGCCAUGUUACUAGUGCUGUUAAUUAGAGGAAUGACUCUCCCUGGAGCCUUACAUGGUAUCAAGUUCUUCCUGUACCCCAAUCCUGCAAAGCUUGCUGACCCCCAGGUGUGGAUGGAUGCUGGAACACAAAUAUUUUAUUCCUAUGCCAUAUGCCUUGGGUGCCUGACUACGCUUGGGAGCUACAACAAGUACAACAACAACUGUUACAGAGACUCCUUCUAUCUUUGUCUGCUGAACAGUGGAACCAGUUUUGUGUCUGGCUUCGCCAUUUUCUCAAUUCUCGGCUACAUGUCUCAGCAGCAGGGUAUCGACAUUGCAACAGUUGCUGAGUCAGGUCCUGGCCUUGUCUUCAUUGUCUACCCUCAAGCUGUGACCCUGCUGCCAUGGCCUCAGGUCUGGUCCGUGUGUUUCUUCGCCAUGAUCAUCUUGUUAGGGAUCGACGGCCAGUUCGCUGGUCUUGAAAGCAUCAUGACCUCUUUGACAGAUAUCUACCCCUCCCACAUCCGGAAAGGAUACCGCAGAGAGUUUUAUCUGAUGCUGAUCUGUAUUCUCUGCUACUUAUUUGGCCUGUUUUUGGUGUCAGAGGCUGGAGCAUACAUUCUGCAGAUCUUUGAUCACUAUGUAUGCAGUGGUCCCACUCUUCUUCUGAUGGCAAUCUUCCAGUCAGUGAUUAUUGGAUGGAUUUAUGGUGCCAAACGCUUCUGUGACAACAUUGAAGACAUGAUAGGUUACAGACCUAUGAUACUGAUCAAGUACUGCUGGCUUUACGUCACCCCUCUGGUUUGCAGUGGAACACUCGUGUUUUUGAUCCUGAGAUACACCCCAAUGAGGUUUAACAACACCUACGUGUAUCCUUGGUGGGCUUACUGGAUCGGCUGGUUUCUGGCAUUGUCGUCCCUUUCUAUGAUCCCAAUCACCAUGAUCUACAAACUGAUCCAUGCUAAAGGGACUCUCUGGCAGCGUCUCAAGACCACCUCACAGCCUGCAGAUGGCCUUCAGGUGUCGGCAAAGGAAAUGGCAAGCAUGACUGCUUCACCCAUGAAAUAAUCACCUGUUGGAGGCACAAAGGAGACCUACACAAUAUCGAGAUGGGCGUCAUAAUGUUAUGUCUGAUUGGUGUAUAUGGUGCUUAGUAUUAAAUUGACAGUAUUUUUUAAAGUGAUGUGACCUAUCUCGAGCAUCAAAUGUCUAAAAUUUUAACAAUUGAAAUGUACUGGUGUCUCCUUUCUGGAGUUUAAGUUCCAAACACCUCAAAACCUAAAAGCUAAAACCUGAAGAAAUGCCAGUGUGGCGACAGCGUUCCCUCAGGUUUUAGCAAACUCUUAAGUAAACAAAUUCUUAAGUAAAUUCUCUACAGUCAGGGUGUUUAACCCUGCUGUAGAUUGUUAACGACUAUUGUUCACAUCACAGUUCACGUCAAAACAACCGUAACCUCAUCAAAAGAAUACGUUUUGCCAUGUACAGUACAUCACAGGGAACGCCAACUGAUAAGAGAUAAACUUUUAAAUACCAACCUGAUGUGCUUCCUUGGGAUUGUAUGAGUCAGGUUUAUUAAUCAGUGUUCACCAUGGCAAUGUUUGCAAAAAUGUUAUGUCCUGGUUCUGACGGUUCUACUUUCUGAUUGGUGCAAAGCGGGAGUGUCAGUUAUUCAUCAGGGCCCCCCUUUCUCCGAACACAAUGAAAUAAUGAGGAGUUUAAGGAUCGUACUUUUCAUUUUGGGUAAAGAUUGUUUGCUGUACGUGCUUUGAAUGAUAUUUUUGAAAAUAUUGCACUCUUCUUUAUUAAUGCUUUUAUUACUAAAAAUGUAUUGAGAUGCUGCUGUGUUUCAAGGUUUUGUUUAAACUGCCUACCUAGCUGGUCUAGCCAUCUACGGACAGCUUGCAUUUAAGAGGUUUAGGGAACAUUAUUAGAGUUGUGCUACAGGAAAUAACCUGUGUUGAACUCUGUGGACAUUGGUCACAUGCUGCACCGUCCACUGGUGGAUGGUGCCGCGUCUGGUUUUCAUUUUAUACCACAGAAUUGUAAAUUGUCACCAAGUACAUUGCAAACCUGUGGAAAACAAGUAUGGCCCAGACGAGAAUCAGAUCAUUUGCAAACUUGACAGCAUUCCAACGAAUAUGGUCGACAAAUGAGACUUGUUAGCUUGUAGUAACGACACGUUCGAAAACGUUAACGUCAUAAUUCGUGUAAACGCUGCGCACACUGCUGCUGUUUAGUCCUGUCCACAUGUAAUGCAAUUGCCUUUGUAGCGGACAGUUGUUCACUAGAGGACAUUCAUCUCUCUGCUUCAUUAGGUUAUGGUUGGUAUAUUUCGCACCUCAAAUGUUUGAAGUGAAACAACCAGAACCUAAGGAUCGCUAAUCUAGGACGGCUUUCAUAGCUGCGACGGCUCUCUAUUGGAAAUAUUUGAUGUCACUCCAUCUGGGUUUAGCCGACACUCCAAGCCUGCUGUCAGUGGGAUGACCUUAGUAGCAGUAAUAGAGGCGGUCUAAGUUGUUUCCACGUAGUGAGCAUGUUGGGAAAUCUGUGUUUUCCGCAAUCAUCUGUAUCAGUCAGUCCCACUGAUCACCUCAGAAUUGUGUCAUCUUAAAGUUGAAAGUAGUUUACCUUUGCUCCUGUUGGCAACCUGUCGGUACGACCUGAUGGAUUUCAUCAGGAUUGGAUUUUGUGUAGGACCUCAUGGCCUAUCAUAAGAGCUCUGAUGAAAUGGUCAACUGUAUUCUCAUAUUUUAGCUAAGCGUAUCACAACAACUGUAAAACAUUUGAAAGAGCUCAGCUGAUUCUGUCUUAUGCUGACUUAUUCUGCGUUAUCACUGCUGUGCACAGCAAAUUGAUUUAUUUGCGUUUUUUUGUGUAUUUUUCGAGGGAUGGUUUUCAGGUCUAAAAGAUUUUUCUACCUUUGGAAGUAGCCAUGUUCGCUGUUUCCCCCUGUUUCUGUUUAGUUGUACUUGCUUCAUUCCUUUCCAUUGUCCCCCCUGAUCUCCUGUUUGUGUAACUGGACAGGCCUGAGCAGCGAUGGGUCUUUUGAUAUAACAGACUGAGUCAUUCCUGUGAUUUCAUCUGUGAAACACUCCAAAGCUCCUCAAACUCUGGCAUCAACAUUGAUGUUGGCGGUGCUCUCAUUACCAGUUUUCUCUGACACAGAUUUGGUGAUCACGGUAAAUUCAGUUCAUGACCAACUAAAAUAAGUAAAUGCACACACAUUCAGAGGAACUUCUAAGAGUUAAUCUGUUUGACAGCUUUAUAUUUUAUAAACACAGAGUAUAUUUUAUUGUGUUUACAUUUUUUACAUAUGAUAAUCCAAAUAAAUAUACCUCCUUGUGCCUGUCAGAAAGUGUUAAACUACUACUGCUUGAAUUUAUAGUGAACAUUUAUAAUAACACCUUAUAGUGCCUUACUUUUAGGUUAUAUUUUUAGGUACUUGUUUUAUAUAUAUAUAUUUUGUGGAUUACUGUAUUGAUAAGAGCUUCUUCUUUUUUUUUAUUUAACUUUUGUUUUUAAAUUUGUGGAAUAACAUAGUAUCUGGGGUAAAAUAACUUGCACAUUGUUACUGUGUGCAUAUAGGUGAGGUGAGUGAGCGGAAUUGCAGAGUUAUGAAUAAAAGAAUACAAGACAA